CGUGGUCGUACAAGCCUUGAAGACAAUCCAUGUCAAGGACUUCCAAAAACAGCAACAAAACCGGAAAUCGCAGAAAAAWUACAGGAUAUUGUAUUGRAAAAUCAUCGAGUGACUGAAAGAGAUUUAGUAGAAGCCCUAAGCAUCUCAUUAUGCAGUGGAAGUAAUAUUUUGACUGAACAUUUAGAGCGUUUUCAAAAGGAUAAAGUGGAUUUUGUGCGUCCAUUCAUCACUAUGGAUAAGACUAAGGUCUAUUACAAUGAUCCUGAAUCAAAACAAGAGGCUAAAGAGUGGUUUGAAUCUGGUUCUUUGGCUCCGAAACGAGUUUGUGUCCAAAAAUCGGCCAAGAAGGUGUUAGCAUCCGUUUAUUGGGAUGCGAAAGGAAUUGUGUUUGUGGAUUACUUGCAAACUGGUAAAGCAAUAAAUUYCUAA